AUGUUUUUUGAAAAUGAAUCCAACCUGGACCGAUUCCUCCGCUGCACUACACCAAUCGUCCCUUCACAUUCCCUCCCAAAGACACAGAUCAAGAACCUGAAUCGUCUAUGGUACCCGUUGGAGAGCGAGAGCGUUGAGUAUUUCAGGCUGAGCGAUUUUUGGGAUUGUUACGAUGAGUGGAGCGCAUACGGUGCAGGUGUCCCCAUCUUGUCGGAAACCGGAGAGACAUUGGUCCAAUACUACGUUCCUUACCUCUCUGCUAUCCAGAUUUUCACCUCUCAUUCUGCUCUCAAUACUCUAAGGGAGGAGACGGAAUCUGGAGAUUCAGGGAGCGAGUCGUGUAGCGAUGAGUGGAGAUGGGAAGGAUGUUCUUCAUCAGAGGAAGGAUUUGAUCAUCAAGAACCUCUUGAUCGCCUCGGUUACUCUUACUUGCAGUAUUUUGAGAGAUGUACACCUUAUUCUCGAGUCCCUCUCAUGGAUAAGAUCAGAGGGUUGGGAGAAAGACAUGCAGGAUUGAGAUCGUUGAGGAGUGUUGAUCUGUCUCCUGCAAGUUGGAUGGCUGUUGCUUGGUAUCCAAUCUAUCACAUCCCCAUGAAUAGAAGCAUAAAGGAUUUGUCUACUUGUUUCCUCACUUACCACACACUUUCUUCAUCUUUCCAAGAUGUGCAGAAGGAGAAGAAGGAGAGGAUAAGUGUUGGUGCAUUUGGGAUGGCCACUUACAAAACGCAAGGGAGGCUAUGGGACAAUGAUAGAUUGCUUUGCCUUUUGAGCGUAGCAGAUUCUUGGCUAAAGCAGCUAAGGGUCCACCACCAUGACUUCACCUACUUCACCACUACUCCUUAUCAUCUCUGA